AUGCUACGUUUGAUGGUCUUUGUACUACUACUUAGCACUAGCUAUAGUGCUUAUGAUUAUUACAAGUUGGCCCAACAAUGGCCAACAACCUAUUGUAGACAUUCACCUCAAACCAUAAAUAAGCCAUGCAAUCCCAAUGUACCCAUCAAAUUCACCCUUCAUGGGUUAUGGCCUUCCAAUCAUAGUGGAUCUACACCAUCUCAUUGCUCCCAAACUAAACUGAAUAAAACUUUAAUUGUUGGGAAUUUGAAGACUCGUCUUAUAGCUGAAUGGCCAAAUUUAAUCGGAGAUGAUUUUCAAUUUUGGAACCGUGAAUGGGAGAAACAUGGCACAAAACCAACUAGGAUAUUUAUCCCUUGCAUUGACGAUAAAAAAUAA